AUGCAGAGGGUUGUACCAGCUCUGGGUGGUCGGAAGGCUCUAUGGUCGGCCGUUCGUAUGUUCUCUUCACGGAAGAUAGCUCCAGCAUGGCCCUAUUAUCUCGCUGGGGAAGCAGUAUACUCUAAUACCGACCUCGAGGUGACUGAUAAGUACAGCGGCGCUGUGGUGUGUCGCGUGGCCUUGGCCAAGCCUUCGGAAGUAGAACGAGCUAUAGCUGCGGCUCAUGGAGCUGAGAAGACGAUGGCUGCGCUCCCGGCAUUUCAACGAAAGAGAAUCCUCCAGCAUUGCGUGGAAAGGUUCCGAGACAGAGCUGAGGAGCUGGCCUAUUGUCUGUGUGUGGAGGCUGGUAAACCUAUUGUGGAUUCUCGCCUGGAGGUGAGAGAGGAUGGGGAUAUGGUCUCUAUUUGA